UUGGUGGUCUUCGAGGUGGCAGUCAGGAGUCUGUGAAGUUUGCAAGCACCAGUAGCAGUUAGCAGGUUGUUGCUCAGUUCCUGUUCACUGCCAGGCACGACCUUACUAUUUCUAUUAUAGUUAAGAGCUGUUUACUGCUGCUGGUGGUUAGCAAAUUGUUGCUAGACGCAGCAGCGGGGACCCGUUUGCUGGAAGCCAGCAGUUUGUCAGUAGUUAGUACUGCAAAAGUUUGGGAUUGUCCGAGUCAAACUCAAUUAUGAGGCACUCUACAACCACGCUGGAGCCUAGUAGAAGCAAGAACUCGUAGAAGGCCGUUGUAGAUGAAAGUAAAAGACGUUAGAAUUCACUAAAGGAUAAAAAGUAGUACUUCUAGAAGUGGAGCAGGCUUCGCAUAUUUUAGAAGUCUUAGUAGAUCAUAUCAGAAGAUAGUAGAUGCUAGAAGUUGAUAGAAGCUAGAUGAAGUGGGCAGAAUUAAAUAGGAAUCGCUGCAAGAUGGAUUUGGACGGAAUUUGAGGUCUGCACCAUACCAAAUAUCUUUGCUUCGCCAGGAAAUGAAUUCGAAAAAGAUGAGAUAAAAUGAAAAAUUCUUGGAUAUCAACUUGAAAACUCAACUUCAAAAUCAAAACUUGACUUAGAUUUGGCCACAAUUUGAGGCGUCCAGCAUAUGAAAUAUUUUGGCUUCGCCAGGAAAUGAAUUCGAAAAAGAUGAGAUAAAGUGAAAAAUUCUAGGAUAUCAAGUUGAAAACUCAAUUUGCAAUCUCAAAACUUGCCUUAGAUUUGGCCACAAUUUGAGGUGUCCAGCAUAUGAAAUGUUUUGGCUUCGCCAGGAAAUAAAUUCGAAAAAGAUGAGAUAAAAUGAAAAGUUCUUGGAUAUCAAGUUGAAAACUCAAUUUCAAACUCAAACUUUGACUUGGGUUGGAUUUAACCACAAUUUGAGGCGUCCAGCAUAUAAAAUAUUUUGGCUUUGCCAGGCAAUGAAUUUCAAAAAGAAGAGAUAAAAUGGAAAAUUCUUGGAUAACAAGUAGAAAGCUUAGAUUUCAAACUCGAAAAUUAGAAGAAUUCAGGUUUUCUUGAAGAAUUCACCUCGUAUGUCGUAGAUUCAUUCUAUCUGAUCUGCUAAUGGGUUAGGAUUUGGCGAAGCUUUGAUUUGAUUAGUAUCGAAAAUCUACGAUGUGGCUAUUACAGUUAGACACUGACUCAGUUGGAUGUGGUCAUGAUGCAGCUAUUUCUUGUAAAGACUACUCCAACUACUAUGAAUUGAUUGUAAUCAUGAUACACGUUGUAGCAAGCAUUUUAGCUGCCAUAAGAGUAAAAACUAGCAUGAAGUGCAUCUGCGUCCAGCCUAGAUCUAUACUCAUCAUACCGCUACCUGGUUCGUUAUUCAGGGUGUCUGCUCCUGUUGCGGUUUUCGCUGCGCUGAUGUCUCGGACCAUGGCGAGGCUAUCGAAGGCGGAGAGGCUCACCUCUUGGUUUUGCGUAUCUCUUAAGAAUAUUGACUUCCUCGUCAACUUAGUACUAGAAGCCAUGAUGCAGUUGAUGGAGGCGGUCAGAGUCUCUUGGUUGACUCUAUGGCGUUUUCUUGCACAAGUUGCAUGGCUGGCGUCGUCCCAUGCACGCAAAAACAUGAUAAUUCUUAAUCUACAGACACUGACAUCAUUUUCACCAUCUUGA